CUUUUUUUCCUCUUAAAACCUUUUCAUAUUACUCAAAACUAAAACCCUAUUCUCUUCCCUUUUCUUUCCAAAUAAAUAAAUCCAUUCCAUUAUUCCAUUCAUUCAGAAUAUAGUUAUCUUAUUUUCCAUGAUCAUCGUCACUCACAUCUGCAAAAAGAUCCCAUUUUUCGAAACCCCUUUCCCAAUCUCUUUCACCAAAAUCAUAAUCCACUCAUAAUCUCAAAAGGGUCACCACCUUUUUCUUCAAAAUUCAUCAUAUUAAUCCUCUUUUCAUCUCAUGUUUUCCUCCACAACCCACCAUAGCCAUUGGAAUAAUAGCAUCAUGGACUAUUCCACCACCGCCUCACCACCACCGCCAUUGCCGGACCUUUCCUUGCACAUUAGUCCACCGUCGGAUUCCGGCAAUCAUUAUUUGAAAAACCACCAGCAACCUCAUAUAAUGUAUGGAAACCAUUUGAAGAGAGGGGCAAAAAUGGGAUUUGGGAUUAAAAGAAGCAUUAGAGCUCCAAGAAUGAGAUGGACCACUACUCUUCAUGCCCAUUUCGUCCAUGCCGUUCAGCUCCUUGGCGGCCAUGAAAGGGCUACACCAAAAUCAGUUUUGGAGCUGAUGAACGUGAAGGAUCUAACCCUAGCUCAUGUAAAGAGCCAUUUACAGAUGUAUAGAACAGUGAAAAGCACUGACAAAGCAACUGACUCAGCCAUGAAGAACCAAAGGCAAGAAAUUGAUGCAAGUGGUGUUUCAAAUUGUGAGAACUCUAACAAUCCACCACUUACAAUGUGGAAAAGCCCUAAUCAUCAAAAGAUGAAGUUGUUCUGUUCAUCAAUGGAAACAAAUCAGGAAAUGACGAGCAGAUGGAAUCAACUAUGCAACAAUAGUAUUGGAAACAACCAGAAGCAGGAGAAGGACCGACACAAUGGAAAUGCAAAUAUGAAAAUCUCGAGUGGUGUGAAGAAGCAGAAUAAUAGUAGUAGUAAUAAUAAUAAUAAUAAUAAUAAUAUUAACUUAGACUUCACUUUGGGAUGCCCUAAUUAUUCUCUAACAAUCAAUUCUAAUCCUCACUCUUCAUCUACUGAACUUCCUCUUCUUAAAUGCUAAACUCAAAACAUAAACCCUUUCUUUAUGGGGUUUUGAUUUUAGUUAUUAGCCUAAUUAAUUCACGUGGCUUUUGUUAUUAAUUGCUGCUUCAU